CGGUGCCUAAAAAGUGUCGCUUUUUCUUGAAAAUAACCGCAAAUACGGCUACUUUAGCCGCAAAUCUGUCCCGCUUUAACCCUUUCAAACAAAGUUUGGAACUAUUGACAGCUCAAUGAAACAGGUGACCAUCCGACGGUGAGAUAAAAGUGUGAUCGCAACUGUCCUUUUUCUCGCUUGUAAGCAAAAAGACGAAACGAGUGCCUUAAACUAAGCGCGAGAUGAUGAAUAUGGCUUGCAAGAGGGCGAGCAAGCGCAUCAAAUCAACCCACGGCACGCGGGAAGAUCUCGCUCCGAGGGAGGCUCCGCUCGGCACAGAAGAAAACGUCAUCGACCUCUAUUUAUAAGACUUAAUACCGACAGUUGUGGUUGCAACGACGACUAUAAAAAAGGCAUCAACACAAAAGCCUGAACUUCAAGAGCAUCCCAGCUUCCAGACCACAACACAGCAGGAUUUCAGUGGAGUUGACAGGUCUCCAGGGUAUUUCCACUGGCACGAGCGAGGUGAAUGACAGUCUUUGCAAGUCCACCUGUGAGUGUUUCUGAAGAGAGAAUGGAAGACACAAGAGGGGGUGGCAGGGUUUUGGAGCAAGUGCAACAUUAUUGACAUCUCACUAAGUGCGGUCGCCUGCAGCUCUCCACAACUUAGCAGAGCGGUUGUGCCACUUGGCUGUUUUGAUGAGCCCAUCCAAAAGCUAACAAGACUAGAUGGAUAAAGAUUUGAUUGGAGGCUCGCAUGGGCAUCACGUGUCUGUGGACACUAGAGGUACUAAAGCCCCUAGGCCGUGGGCGCACGUGGGUGACGUUAGGGCCGGCCCUCUCCAGGGUCCCUUUUGUUGAACUAUCAAACAUAAGCCAGCUCCUGAGGGCUUCAGAACAGUGUUAAGACCACUGUGUACUGCGCAAGUCUCUGGAGCAACGCCAUCAGUGUGGUAUCACACCAUCAGCAUCAUACAGCCAGGAGCUAUCAUGUCGAGAUCUUUCUACGUAGACUCUUUGAUUAUCAAGGAUCCUGCGCGCCCUGCUUUGAGCGAGCACACGGGUCAGGACUUUCUCAUCCCUUUUAGCAUGCACUCUCCCGGCGUCAUGAGCGUUACUGCACCCGUUUGUCCGUCCAGGAAGACGGGCACCUUCUGUGUGUGUCCACUCUGCGUCACAUCGCAUAUCCACUCUUCCCGGGCGGGAAUCCCUUUACUGAAGGGACAGGGCUUCUCUGCCGGUGAGGCGAAUUUCUGUCAGAGGUUGGCACAUCAACAGAGCACCGUGAUAGCGCACCCGGGACACGGACACGCGCCUGUCUGCACGCCCACAAGUUACGGCGUCACGGACCCUCGGAGGUAUCACUGCCUCUCUCUAGCCGCGUCUGAUAACAGCCACAUACAGAACGGCAAACGGAUGCGCACCGCCUUUACCAGCACUCAGCUUCUCGAGUUGGAGCGUGAAUUUUCAUCUAACAUGUACCUUUCGCGCUUACGCAGGAUUGAAAUAGCCUCAUAUCUAAACCUCUCAGAGAAGCAGGUGAAAAUAUGGUUCCAAAAUCGACGCGUUAAACACAAGAAGGAAGGAAAAGGUACGCAAAGGAGCGCGCAUGCAGGAUGCAAAUGCUCAGGCAACCACACACAUUAUCCGCGCUCAGAAGAUGAAGAAUCCCUCUCACCUGUCUCAGCCUCAGAGGAGAAAGAGACUUCACCAAUCUAGGGGAGACAUAAAAUCACUGACCUAAAUGAAUACCCUAUAUAGCACAUUGAACUGUAGGAUCCGUUAAAACGGCUCAAUUUGUGGAACAGUUUAUGCAUCCUUUUAUAACCCUGAGAUAUCGAGGUUAAUUUCUCCCUUUUCCCUCUGAAAUAAUUGUUUGACCGUGGCACUGAAGAUAUUUAAAUUUUGUCUAGUCUUCCUGCAUUAUAAAGCAAACUGUGAAAUAAUAACUGAGUGGUAAUAUGUAAAUAGUUAUUACUGUUGAAUGUGUUUUUAAAAAAGCGAGCAUUCAACCUUGAUUUUAAGGAUGUUGGACAUGUUCAUGGGGACAUAAAACACCCUUUGUUUGAUAUUGUAAAUAUGCAGAGAUUGCAGACUGUUAAUCCAAUGUGUCCUAGACUACUGAG